UGUCACGUUGAUCAGCUGUUUGCAGAGAGAAAAUGCAGACUUCAAACUAUUUCCAAACCCGUGCUUCAAAACAAAACAUCGAAUGGCAAGGGAAAGGAAAAAGUAAAGAUAGACACCAGAAUAGAUCCCUCAGCUAUGGAUCAUUUACACUGAAUGGUACAAUAUACAGUGUUGGCGACUAUGUGCUGGUUGCAACUGAUGUCGACAAAAACCCAUCCAAGGCACUGGUUUGUCAGAUCAAGGAUUUGUUUGACAAUGGUAAAGAAAAGUUAGCAGAGGCAAGGCGAUUCAUACAGAUAGAAUGUCUUCCAAAGCCUGCCCAGAGAGCCUUAGCCCUAAAGAAAACUAACACCAAUUCACAGGAGGUGGUGCUGAGUACAGACAAACGUGACAACAAUGUGGUGGACCUUACACAGCUUAUUGGAAAAUGUCAGGUUAUUGAAAGCAAGAACAUCCCUGUUCAGUCCCCUAGUGGUCGAAAAACCAGACAUCCUAUGUUCUACGCAGCCCAUAGUUACGAUGGUUGCAAAAUCGGUUCCCUGUUUGAUGAUGAUAAGGAAAACUGGGAGCCUAAAGACCUGCAGGGAUCUGGCCGGAAAAACAGUGUCACUAGCAAAAGUACAGCAAGUCCAUUGCAGCCGUCGGAAAAACAUGGAGUUGCUGCAGGUACUUCAAGCCCUAGAUCUCGACUUUCAACCUACCCCUGGCUAAAAUCAGAAGAUGUGACAAAAUUAAUCGAGGAUGAUCGAUUCUCUAUUAUAUCGACGACUUCGACUGACAGUGUAUCAAGCAAAGCUUCAAGUAAGAGUAGUGCUAGUAAUGGCUCGCGUAGAAGUUCAAGAAGCAAGCCAGUGAAAGACACUAGUGAAGAUGAUUUGGACCUCAUCAUUCCUAGUUCAAAAUUUGUAGUAAGAGGCACUGCCUCACCACAAAAGGAUAAUAAAUCAAAGAUUGAGAUUAAUGACAGUGUGACUAACUCUCCAAGAUCUGAAAGUCUUAGAAAGGCAGUGUUAAGAAUGAACAAAAAUGGUAACAAUGGUGGCCAAACACCUACUAAAGCUGCUGAUGUAGACGACGAUGAUAUCAUUCAAAGAGUGAAGCAGCCUCGGACAGAGCCGAGAAGGAGAAGUUUGGCUGUGUUGGAAGAGAAAAAAUCUGAGCCAGCUAAGUCGGAAAGGAAAGUGAGGCGUGUACAAAGUGUGAGGUUAAAACGUGUAGGGGAGGAAUAUCAGUCAUUCAGGAAUCCAACACCGGACAGCGAAGGGAGAAGAGUGCGGUCCAGACUCUCAGACAGGUUCACAGGCUUGAAGGAGAUCGAUGAUUUGAGACAGAGCAGUCGACAGGCCUUUGCUGAGGUUACCAAUGCGACUAACACCAGAAGUUCUCCGAGGAAGAUAAGAGCAGCCAGACAAGGAGAAGUAAUAAAGGUUGUAUGUGAGGAAAAGCGGCAUAUGAAAAACUACGCCAACCAUCUUCCAGCCCCAGCGGCAGCCCCAACUCCAUGUACACUUGACAUCAUGGAUUCUGCUUGGCCGGACUUUUGGCAUUUGCAACCGUGCCAGAAGCCGAGUAUGAACUUCGUCAAGGCCUGGCAAGCUGGCUUCACAGGAACUGGUAUUGUGGUAUCAAACGUUGAGGAUUAUGUUGACACAGAUCACAGGGACUUAGCUGCAAAUAUAUUGACAGAGCUCUCCUACGAUUACGUUGACGACGACAUUGACCCCAAUCCUGGCCCUGGCGAUAUCGACCCGUCUGAAUUUGGGUAA